GGGAGGUCAAGCGUAGCCUCUCCUCCUUUACCAAGAUGGCGGCUUGUCCGUGUUUCGCCACAGUUCCUACCUUAUGAGCUUGGUUUCCUCACGCUAGUAAGAGUGGAACAGCGAAAGCUGGCAGGCUGACAAGCGCCUCAGGACGGACUUCCUGGCUACCGACCGUUUUGCUGUCACUGACCUGGACUGUGCGAGGCAGGAGACCAGCCAUGAGCUCCGUCGCAGUUCUGACCCAGGAGAGCUUUGCCGAACACCGAAGUGGGCUGGUUCCGCAGCAGAUCAAAGUUGCCACUUUAAAUUCAGAAGAGGAGAGUGACCCUCCAACCUACAAGGAUGCCUUCCCUCCACUUCCCGAGAAAGCAGCGUGCUUGGAUGGUGCCCAGGAGCCUGCGGGAGCAUGGAGUAACAAGAUCCGGCCCAUCAAGGCCUCUGUUAUCACUCAGGUAUUCCAUGUCCCUCUGGAGGAGAGGAAAUACAAGGACAUGAACCAAUUUGGGGAAGGUGAGCAAGCCAAAAUCUGCCUGGAGAUCAUGCAGAGGACCGGCGCUCACUUGGAGCUCUCUCUGGCCAAAGACCAAGGCCUGUCCAUCAUGGUCUCGGGGAAGCUGGAUGCUGUCAUGAAAGCUCGAAAGGACAUUGUCGCCAGACUGCAGACCCAGGCCUCAGCAACCGUUACCAUCCCUAAAGAACACCAUCGCUUUGUUAUUGGCAAAAAUGGAGAGAAAUUGCAAGACCUGGAGCUAAAAACUGCAACCAAAAUCCAGAUCCCACGCCCUGAUGACCCCAGCAAUCAGAUCAAGAUCACUGGCACCAAAGAGGGCAUUGAGAAGGCCCGCCAUGAAGUCCUGCUCAUCUCUGCCGAGCAGGACAAGCGCGCGGUGGAGAGGCUGGAGGUGGAAAAGGCCUUUCAUCCCUUCAUUGCUGGGCCCUACAACAGACUGGUGGGCGAGAUCAUGCAGGAGACGGGCACGCGCAUCAACAUCCCUCCACCCAGUGUCAACCGCUCCGAGAUUGUCUUCACUGGGGAGAAGGAGCAGUUGGCUCAAGCUGUGGCUCGCAUCCGGAAGAUUUAUGAGGAAAAGAAAAAGAAGACCACGACCAUCGCGGUGGAGGUGAAAAAGUCGCAGCACAAGUACGUCAUCGGCCCGAAGGGCAACUCGCUGCAGGAGAUCCUGGAGAGAACCGGAGUUUCUGUCGAGAUCCCCCCUUCAGACAGCGUCUCCGAGACGGUGAUUCUUCGCGGCGAGCCUGAGAAGUUGGGGCAGGCGCUGACAGAAGUGUAUGCCAAGGCCAACAGCUUCACGGUCUCCUCUGUCUCUGCCCCUUCCUGGCUUCACCGUUUCAUCAUUGGCAAGAAAGGGCAGAACCUGGCCAAGAUCACUCAGCAGAUGCCAAAGGUUCACAUUGAGUUCACAGAAGGGGAAGACAAGAUCACUCUGGAAGGCCCCACGGAGGAUGUCAGCGUGGCCCAGGAGCAGAUCGAAGGCAUGGUCAAAGAUCUGGUCAGCCGGAUGGACUACGUGGAGAUCAGCAUCGACCACAAGUUCCACAGGCACCUCAUUGGCAAGAGCGGGGCCAACAUAAACAGAAUCAAAGACCAGUACAAGGUGUCCGUGCGCAUCCCUCCCGACAGUGAGAAGAGCAACCUGAUCCGCAUUGAGGGAGACCCGCAGGGCGUGCAGCAGGCCAAGCGGGAGCUGCUGGAGCUUGCGUCUCGCAUGGAAAAUGAGCGAACCAAGGAUCUAAUCAUUGAGCAGAGAUUUCAUCGCACAAUCAUUGGGCAGAAGGGAGAGCGGAUCCGUGAAAUUCGUGACAAAUUCCCAGAGGUUAUCAUCAACUUUCCAGACCCAGCACAAAAAAGUGACAUCGUCCAACUCAGAGGGCCCAAGAACGAGGUGGAGAAGUGCACCAAGUACAUGCAGAAGAUGGUGGCGGAUCUGGUGGAAAACAGCUAUUCGAUUUCUGUUCCGAUCUUCAAGCAGUUCCACAAGAACAUCAUUGGCAAAGGAGGCGCAAACAUUAAGAAGAUUCGCGAGGAGAGCAACACCAAGAUUGACCUUCCCGCAGAGAACAGCAACUCCGAGACCAUCGUCAUCACGGGCAAGCGUGCCAACUGUGAAGCUGCCCGCAGUCGGAUCCUGUCCAUCCAGAAAGACCUGGCCAACAUAGCCGAGGUGGAGGUCUCCAUCCCGGCCAAGCUGCACAACUCCCUCAUCGGCACAAAGGGCCGCCUGAUCCGCUCCAUCAUGGAGGAGUGCGGUGGCGUCCACAUCCACUUCCCCGUGGAAGGCUCUGGCAGCGACACGGUUGUCAUCAGGGGCCCUUCCUCAGAUGUGGAGAAGGCCAAGAAGCAGCUGCUGCACCUGGCCGAGGAGAAGCAAACAAAGAGCUUCACGGUUGACAUCCGCGCCAAGCCGGAAUACCACAAGUUCCUCAUUGGCAAAGGUGGUGGCAAAAUCCGCAAGGUGCGUGACAGCACUGGAGCCCGUAUCAUCUUCCCUGCGGCCGAGGACAAGGACCAGGACCUGAUCACCAUCAUCGGGAAGGAGGAUGCCGUGCGGGAGGCUCAGAAGGAGCUGGAGGCGCUGAUCGAGAGCCUGGACAACGUGGUGGAAGACCACAUGCUGGUGGACCCCAGGCACCACCGCCACUUUGUCAUCCGCAGAGGCCAGGUCCUGCGGGAGAUAGCUGAAGAGUACGGCGGGGUGAUGGUCAGCUUCCCGCGCUCCGGCACUCAGAGUGACAAAGUCACCCUCAAGGGCGCCAAGGACUGCGUGGAGGCGGCCAAGAGGCGCAUCCAGGAGAUCAUUGAGGACCUGGAGGCCCAGGUGACACUCGAGUGUGCCAUACCCCAGAAGUUCCACCGGGCUGUCAUGGGCCCCAAGGGCUCCAGAAUCCAACAGAUCACUCGGGAUUACAACGUUCAGAUUAAGUUCCCUGAUAGAGAGGAGAACCCAGUUCACAGCAUGGAGCCAGCCAUCCAGGAGAACGGUGAAGAGUCUGGGGAGGGGAGAGACACCAGAGAGGCAGAGCCCGGCUCUCCGCGGAGGUGCGACAUCAUCACCAUCUCUGGCCGGAAGGAGAAGUGUGAGGCGGCCAAGGAAGCCCUAGAGGCACUGGUUCCUGUCACCAUCGAAGUAGAGGUGCCCUUUGACCUCCAUCGCUACAUCAUUGGGCAGAAGGGCAGCGGGAUCCGCAAGAUGAUGGACGAGUUUGAGGUGAACAUCCACGUUCCGGCACCCGAGCUGCAGUCUGACAUCAUCGCCAUCACUGGCCUUGCUGCAAACCUAGACCGGGCCAAGGCGGGGCUCCUGGAGCGGGUGAAGGAGCUGCAGGCCGAGCAGGAGGACCGGGCCUUAAGGAGCUUUAAGCUGAGCAUCACUGUAGAUCCCAAAUAUCAUCCCAAAAUUAUUGGGAGAAAGGGGGCCGUGAUCACGCAGAUCCGCUUGGAACAUGAUGUGAACAUCCAGUUUCCUGACAAGGAUGACGGCACCCAGCCCCAGGACCAAAUCACCAUCACAGGGUACGAAAAAAAUACUGAAGCUGCCCGGGACGCUAUCCUGAAAAUCGUGGGCGAACUUGAGCAGAUGGUUUCCGAGGACGUCCCCCUGGACCACCGCGUCCAUGCCCGCAUCAUUGGCGCGCGUGGCAAAGCCAUCCGCAAGAUCAUGGAUGAGUUCAAGGUGGACAUCCGCUUCCCGCAGAGUGGAGCCCCAGACCCCAACUGUGUCACUGUGACAGGGCUGCCUGAGAAUGUGGAAGAAGCCAUCGACCACAUCCUCAACCUGGAGGAGGAAUAUCUGGCAGAUGUGGUGGACAGCGAGGCGCUGCAGGUGUACAUGAAGCCCCCCGCACACGAGGAGUCCAAGGCUCCGUCCAAAGGCUUUGUGGUGCGGGACGCUCCCUGGACCUCUGCCUCCAGUGAGAAGGCUCCCGAUAUGAGCAGCUCUGAGGAAUUCCCCAGCUUCGGGGCUCAGGUGGCCCCCAAGACCCUCCCUUGGGGCCCCAAACGAUAAUGAUCAAACAGCAGAAAGCUCUCCAGCCUGCUGAGCUGAACCACACGACGGUCAGCCUCGAUCUGACCCAGCGGCUGGACCCUCCGCGGUUGUUGGCGCUCUCCCUCCCCGAGGUCUCGCAGUGAAGCCAGGCGUGGCCCGGCCCCCGGCGGCCGCCUCUCCAGCCCGUCGGCGCCCAGUAUGUUCAAGAUCUGUUCUGGGACAGGCCUCUGCCGUCGCAAACACUAAACCAAGGUAAUCCUGGUUCACCCAGCAUGCCCGUCAGCACGCUGACCUUCAUCUCCGACAGCGCCACACCUGUGGCUGGGAGUCGACUUCCUGUGUCAUGACCUCAGGAAAUAAAUGUCCUUGACUUUAUAAAACCCAAGCCGUUUGCCCUCUUCCUUUGCCACCCCUGCCCGCUGCCUGUCGCUCACUGUGGAGGGCAGGCAAGCCCCCCAGCUGCAGGCGGCCUGCUGGGCACCGUCCCAGGAAGGAAGGCCCAGUGUGGACAGGGAAGCCACAGCACCUGGGUUCCCAGGUGGUGCUCGUUCUGCCUGAUUGGGGUUCAGAAGCACCGAGGGGCUUCACCCCCACUCCCCGCGGCCUCACCCUUGGCCUAGAGGCCUGGUUGGUUGCAUACGUGUGCGUGGCCUGGGCCACUCAGCUGGGAUAGGGCUGUGAGAGGGGCGGCUCGGCUCUGCUCAGCCCCCGCCGCUCCCUGCGUCUGCCCUCCCAGAGACUGGAUUUUCAGUUGCCACCUUUCUACCUCAGCCGGUGUGGUCACGGCCACACGUGUUGGUGCUGCCCCAGCCACGUGGUCACGGCCACACGUGCUGGUGCUGCCCCAGCCACGUGGUCACGGCCACACGUGCUGGUGCUGCCCCAGCCACGUGGUCACGGCCACACGUGUUGGUGCUGCCCCAGCACUCGGCUCUUGAUGUGGACAGUCCUGACGACUGGCGGUUUGCUGUGGACUUGGGGCAGAUGUUGAGGGCCAAAGCCCGAGGAUGCCCGCCCCUCACCGACGAGUGGUUCAGUGCCGGGGGCCGGUCUAGAGCAGAGUACGACUCAGAUGGGCCCCGGGGGCAAGGCCUGGGCUGGCUGUGAGGAGUACGUCUCAUGGCCCUGGGGUAGACAGGCGGUCUCUCAGCCUGGACUAGCAAGGGGCCAGAAUGAGGACUGAACGCCGGCUGCCCUUGCCAGCCGCAGAGCACCCACUCUUGUUUGGUUGUUUCACCACGGUGCCCCUGGCAGGCCCCGCUGAAGGGCCACCCUUCCGAGGACCAAGAACAGGUCCCUCUCCUGCUCGUCACCGUGGAGGCGGCCCCAUUCCAGACAGCCGAGUUCCCAGGAAGACCAGCCCCUCCCAGUGUCUGAGUUCAGUAACUCGGGCCUGGUCGUAUGGACUGCAAUUCCUGCUCACCCAGAGCCGUGUCCCCCGAGUCACAGGACAGGGGGCUGCCGGGCUUCAUCGCCGUAGGCUCAGGGCCCCGGUACCCGGGGCUGAUGGGACGUGACGCAGCGUGUCUGCUUUCCCACCUUUCCCCAGCUGGGUUCCCUGGGGGUGUCGCCUCUCUUCCUCCCACUUGGUCCCAUCUGACGUCUGGUUCUCCCCCCCAGCACCUGCCCCCAGAGGGGUUUUUUUUUUUUUUCACAAUGCAUUUUGCACAUCACUCACUGCUUAACCUGGCCGGUGCACGCCCCUCCCUCGAGGUCGGGAGCCGUGGUCCUGGUCUGUCUCCCUGUAGCCUCUGAUGCUGUGGGCAGAGCCCUGGGCAGGCCUGGGGAGUGUGGCUCUUCCUCUCUGUUGAAUGUCUUCCAUAGCUAUGACCCAUCCCUUGGCCUUAACUGUGGAACUUGGAGAUUAUAUGCAAACAUGUAUAAAAGCUCAUGAGUAUGGAUGACACUGGAAUUUUAUAUAAAUUCUAAAAUAAAACCCAAAACAACUGUA